AUGACCGUGUCGGUCCAAGUCGAUGUUGAAAACACGAAUGUGGAACACUCAACAGCUGCAAAUAAAGAGAAUUCUCCUGUCACGCCGAGGCCUGUUGAGCAAACGGCUCUUCUGACAACGGAAGAACAGCCACAGGAUGUACUCACUUUCAUGCAAGGAGCAACGCGAAUGCUCGCUCUAUGUGGAAGCUUAUGUUGCCUUAUUGCUUUCACCAUGUCAACGCUGUGUUUAGUUCAGCAAAUUCUGUCCUCAGCAGGAUCGCCCUGUAUUCCAAAUCCGAACAAGUCGGCGAGUGUUCGCUUGUCAAUACAAAACCGGUCAGGCGGGCCGGAAUCAACAGCGGAGAAAAUCGGACGAAUUGAGCGCCUAUUUCUUAUGGGCACUGGGCUUGAUAAUUAUUCUAAAGUGGGGCAGUGGCGAUAG